UUACAUACAAGGGACUUUAUAACUUUGUAAGUAAUCAAAAAUUUCAGUGAAUCUGUUGUCAAAUAUUUCACACAUUAUGAAAAUGAUGAUUGAAGAGCCUGUUAGUGAAACCAAACUUGACCAGUGGUGACAUAAUACAGUGAUUGAAGUAUUAUUUACAGUACAACACUGUGUGAGUUUAAUAGUCAAAUUAACCAGAGCAACUGGGUAUCAAUGGUUGCUGCAAGAGAUGAUGAAGAUUAUCCUGAUAAGAGGAUCAACGCUGCAACUGCUGGAUUUAUAGUGUUAAGCCAUUCCUUUUCAAACAUACAGAGCAGUGGGCUUCAUCUCAGCAAGGACACAAAGUGACAUCUUUUUCAACCAGAGAAACAUACAUGGUCAGUCUUCAACCAGAGACACAAAAUGUCAGCUGAGACAGAUCCCUUAAUACAGACAGAGCAGACAAAAGAAGACAGGAGUGUUUCAAUAAAAUGGAAAUAUAUAACUAUUCUUCCUGCAAUGUUCUGCACCUUUAUUGGAGGAGGAAUUUUCAAUUUUAUCAUUAAUGAGUGGACUCAGAAUAAAAUUCAAAAUGAGAAAUUCCCAAAUACGACAAUUAAGAAUAAUUUUGAAGCUUGCAAUAAUACCAACCAUUCUGAUCCAGUGUACAUCAACUAUAAAGCUGUACAACAGGAUACUUCUAUAUGGCUGCUGUAUUAUUCAAUUGCACAACAUAUUCCUAUGUUCUGUGUAAACACACAAUUGACAGGAUAUACUGACACAUAUGGGCGCAAGUUUCUAUUCAUACUUUCUACAUUUGGAGCAUGUGCUAAAUACUGUGUAAUAACAGUGGUCAUACAUUUCAAUGCAUCUUUAUUGUACGUUGUGGCUAUGUAUGCAUUUGACGGUCUACUGGGUAGUUCAUAUGCACUUUUUGCUGUGUCGUUCUCAUAUGUAGCUGACAUAACACACCAAGACAAUCAUCGUGUUCUUGGUGUGGUAAUUAUCGAAGCAACUCUCAUGGCUUCAGCAAUAUUUUCCAGUCUGCUGUCAGGAUAUUUCAUUGAAACUUUAGGAUACGGGUUUUUUAACACAGCUGUUAUAAGUUCUUCAAUAUGUUCGUUAGGAUUUUUCAUAACAAUUUUACUUUUACCAGAAAGUUUGGAAAAGAGCAGACGGCGACCGCCAGUGGGAUUAUUAGGUACCUUGAAGAACAUGGUUCAGUUCUAUGUCAGUGAAGAUGUCAAAGGGAAACGACUCAUCUAUCUACUACUUCUCAGUUCUUUUUUUCUUUGCUGAAAUCGCAGGCCUUAACAGAAGUAGCAUUGAGACGUUGUACUUCCUUGGUCAGCCAUUUUGUUGGGGACCAUCCAAGAUUGGAGUUUUUACAACCACAAGGUAUGCUUUACUAGGAGUAGUCGGACUUGGAUCCUUAAGACUGCUUCAAAUAUUCCUGUCAAAUGAAGCUAUAGCAGUGCUUAGCACAGUGUCGUAUGCAGCAUCAUUUAUGAUAGAAGCUUUUGCAAAAACAAAUCUUCUGAUCUAUAUGGUUCCUGUAGUAGGGAUGUUCUGCUUUCUAAUGACACCCAUGAUAAGGGGCAUGAUGUCAACAAUGACUGGACCAGACAAACAAGGGGCAAUGUUUUCAGGCAUUGCAACAAUUGAGGUUCUCAGUAGUAUAUCUGCUUCACUCUCAUUAAAUGAAAUUUAUGCCGAUACUUAUUCAUUCAUGAAUGGAUUUGUAUUUCUUGUGAUGGCCGGAUUUUGUGUGAUAGAUUUUGCUCUUUUAUUGAAUGUGUACAUCUUGAGAAAGUGCAAGAAUAAUAAUAAUGAAAAGCCAAACUAUGAAACUGUGAAAAUUGUACAGUGAUUGUCAAUUAGGAGCUUGUCCUGUUUAUAGACAAGAGGGAGGUUAUGGCCCAAAAGAUGCUCACCUGACACUGUCUUUAAAUCUGGCAAUUCUGUUUAGUAUAGGAAACAUUCAUCCUGAUUAGAACGCUAAAAAGAAAGAGGAAAUCAAGCAGAAUCAUUUAAGCACUUCUGAUCAAGUUUGGCUAAAAUUCAUAAAGCAGAUCAUGAAAAAAAGCCGUUUUGAAACUCCAACAGCCAUAAAGUGUAGUGAAACAAAACCACUUGAAAAAACUUGAGGUUUGGUACAGACCAAGUCUGGUGAAGGCCAAUCAACCCAACAAACAUCUGAUGUCUAUACCACGUCAGAUCCUGAUGUUGGAUCAACACUAACAAAUGUUUUUCUGACUUUAGUUUCCACAACAUAUCAUUUCAAUUUUCAUUAAUAAUUUUAAUAUAACAAUAAAAUUAUUUAAACUCAUCUUUUGUCAUAUUAUACAGGUUUUAGAUUCAUAGUAGACAGUCGAGAACAGAAG